AUGCUCUUCCAAACGUCCACCAUCCUCGCCCUCCUCCCAGCCCUCGCGGCCGCCAUCCGCGCCCCCAACAAAGAGGGCCUCAAGCUCGUCUUUGAGGAGACCUUCUCGGGAGCCGCCGGCGCCUCGGUCAACGAGGACGUGUGGCAGAUCGCCCUCAACAUCAACUCCAACAACGAGCACCAGGUGUACACGACCUCUAACGAAAACAUGCAAAUCUCUGGCGGCGGCUCCUUCCAGAUCGUGCCGCGCCGCCACGCCGACGGGUCCUGGACGUCUGGCCGCAUCGAGUCCCGCGAUGCCUGGACCGCCCCGCCCGGCGGCGUCAUGCAGGUCGAGAGCAGCAUCCGGCUCGGCUGGAACCUGCAGGGCAGCAAGCAGGGCAUCUGGCCCGCCUUUUGGAUGCUGGGCGACGCGCUCCGCCACGGCACCGGGUGGCCGCAGUGCGGCGAGAUCGACAUCAUGGAACAGGUCAGCGGCGCCCCGACCGCCUACGCCACCGUCCACUGCGACGUGUACCCGGGAGGACGCUGCCAGGAGCCCCUGGGCCGCCAGGGCACCACCUCCAUGUCGGACGACGACUGGCACACGUGGGCCGUCAAGAUCGACCGCUCCGACGACGACUGGACCCGCCAGGUCAUCACCUGGACAAAGGACGGCGCCGAGUUCCACAGGCUCACCGGCGACAUGAUCGGUGACCAGGGCACAUGGGGAACGCUGGCCCACAGCCCGCUGUACGUGCUCUUGAACGUUGCCGUCGGUGGAAACUGGCCUGGAGCACCCAACGACGCCACUCUCGAUGGUUACGGCAGCAUGAUGGAAAUUCAGUACGUUGCCGUCUACACCUCGUAG